AUGGCGCAGGCUAUCAGGCGAAAUCUAACUGGUGUUUAUGAGGUGUUGAAAGGAGCAGUAUAUCAAACCAAUGCCUCUGUUAUGCAGCCUGCAUACUACGGGAAUAACCUACUGCAUCAGCAAAGACGAUCUGAAUGGUUUGCCAUAAAUGAGCACAAGGUUAAUUUGGUGAAAUUUUUGACGGCUGCGACUUAUGACACAGAUGGUGGAAAAAUACCCAGAGUGGGAAAAAUUGAGGAGACCACUGAUGGUGGACAGUGCCACAACAUUGUUACCACCACCACCACCACCAGUCCUUCAUGUUGUGAUAAAGUGGCAAGCUUUCUGUCCGCCAUCACCAUAGAGCCCGCCGUCUUCCUCUAUGUCAUUGGCUUUGGUUUAGAUGUCGUCUUCAUAAAAAACUUGUGGGUGGACAAGACGUGUCUCUUUUACUUCAAUUUCAGCACAGAAAUAUGUUCCAAUUUGAACAGCGGCAGAUUCCCAGCAGAACAGGACAUGGUACAGCGUCAGGUGACUCGCUAUAAUGUGUACUGUGCUGUGAUACAGCACGUGCCUGCUGUAGUGGUGGUAAUGGUGUUGGGCGCCUGGAGUGACCUGCGGGACCGCCGCCUGCCCAUACUGGUGCCCAUGCUGGGUUACUUCCUCAUGGCGCUGGGUCUUACAGCCAACGCCUACUGGUGGCCACUACAGCCGGAAUUUCUUCUGAUAUGCUUCGUGCCAGUUGGUCUCACGGGAGCAACUACAGCGAUUUAUAUGAGCGUCUCGGCUUACAUUAGUGCAGACACAGAUGCCAGGGCGCGCACCACACGUAUAUCUGUAGUGAUGGUACUAGUACCAGUAGCUUCCACACUCGGCAGAGGUCUGGCACUCGUGCUGUUCAACCACAGCGGUUAUGGUUACCUGGCUGUGUUUGGCACACAAUCAGUGCUAUGUGUGGUUGCCAUCCUGUACGUACUGGUGCGGCUGAAGAAGCGCCCUGGCGCUAUCGCCAUGGAGACGCCUGCCUCUGAGACUUCGGGAGUCCUGGAAGUACUGACUCCAGCUCGCCUGAAGAAGACGAUGAUGGUAGCCUGCAGAAGACGAGACAACGGUGUGAGAAGACACAUCUUCGCUCACAUCGCAGUCAUCUGGCUUCUUGUGUUCACUGCUGGUUCUGCGCACUUCGACUACCUCUACACCCGUAAGAAGUUUUCCUGGAACUAUCAAACCUACACCAUCUGGAGCCUCGUAGACACGCCCCUCGCUGCUACCGGUACAUUACUGUUGCUACCAGUGUUGAGUUACUACUGUGGUAUUAAAGAUUCUAUGUUGGGCUUCGUGGGCGCCGUCUCCAUGAUCUUCAACUUCGUGUUGCGAGCAACAGCACCGGUGUCGUGGAUCCUUUACCUAGCAUCGGUGGUUGGAGUUUGUUCUGGCAUGGUGGUGGUGUGCUCGCGAGCUGCCCUCUCCAAGCUCGUCCAGAAGAAUGAGUUGGGCUCAGUGUUUGCUGUCAUGGGUGCUGGAGAGGCAGUAGUUCCCAUCAUGUCUUCAGCGUUGAUGACGCUCGUUUAUAACGCCACUCUCAAUGUCUUCCCUGGGAUGGUGUUCGUCUUGACGGCCGGCAUCAGUGUCAUCAUCGCCUGCAUCUAUGUGUGUGUGUUAUCGUCAAGGUCCAGUGAUCCCACGGAGGAGGUCACGAUCAAUAAUGAUGGUACUUGAUGUUAUAUGGCAGCUACGUACCUUCACCUUUCACGCAACUUUACUGUCUUGGGCGAGGCGGUCAGCAUUUCCAGAGAGGGUCACCAGGUGGUGUGAAGCACUGCUAUGUGUCUGUCAACAAGUACUUUUGACAACCAGUAGCUACUGCAGCUCUACACCAAUAAUACUGACUCACUGACUGACAGAACUAAGUUUAACUCCAUCCCCUUCCUUCCCUUACCAACCAAGCUCAUUCCUCAAUUUUUGUGAAGGUAUAUACACAGAGGUUUAUAUUUCUGUGGAUGUACACUGAUAGGUGUAUAUCUCAGUGUAUGCAUUACAAAGAGGUUUGUAUAUCUCAGUGAAUGUUAAUCCCAAUUUUAAAUAUUAAAGUUUUCUUGAGGAA